ACUGCCUCACUCUUGCGUCGACCGUGUGGCGGGAAACUUCUCUCUCAUAAUAUAUAUAGAAAAGUUUCAUCUUCUUUUUCCAAGUGUGCGAGAGAAGAAGAUAUACAUUUGCUAAUAUAUAUACACACACUGACUUUUCUAUACAACAUAGACAGAUUUUAACAGCGAAGGGUCUUUUGAAACCGGUUUGAGAGGCGACAAGAAUGGCCGCCAGGCGCGCGUUCGGGGGCGGAAGGAGCUUCGUCGUGGGCGGUAUCCUCCUGGCACUGCGGGCGGCCUUGCUGGUGGGCGUGACGGCGGGAGCGACGCCCGUGGAGAAGUCGAAUCAACUGUCCUUUGGGGAUGUGCUCGAUAUUCUGGAUCAGUCAGAUCACGGGAACAACUGGGAAGCUUCGGUGGAUUUUCUUCGGCGCGAAGGAAGCCCCCGGACCACCUGCAGAAGUCGUGGUCUGUGCAAGUGCUUCAGCAAAUUGACUCGGAGAGCCUUCUGCUGCGACUGCCUGGGAGGACCCUGCUUCCCUGGGGACUCGACCGUGCUUACGCCUUCAGGACUCGUGUCCCUGAAUCGCCUUUCCGUUGGGGACCUCGUUCUUGCAGGCGAUGAUGACAAAGGCGCGAUUUGGAGUCCGGUUGUUGCAUGGUUGGAUCGUCGGCCACAGGUCGAGGCCCAGUACCUCACCCUCGCCACUUCAGCUGGUUCUCGACUCACUCUCUCAUCCUCACAUGUUCUCCUCAACGCACAAGGACCCCGCCUGACAUCAAAAUUUGCCAGCGAAGUCAAAGCUGGGGACGUGGUCGUUGCGUUAGGCGACGAUGGCGUCGAGAAUCCUUCAGCUCUCCGGACUGGCGAAAGCAGCUCACGGCGACUUUCCCCUGCUAAUGUGACACAGGUUAUCCCUGUUAUCAAGAAAGGUUAUUUUUUUUCUUUUUUGUAUGCGCUGCUUUACAAGUUUGAAAGUCGUAAGUGGUAAUUGCCUUAAAAGCAC